AGCAGGUCCCUAAAUGUCAAUCUCUCAUCGAACCAGCAAGGCCAAGUGUACAGGCGCUCGCAAACACAUUCGUCUCUCCAGGCCGCGCGACUUGCUCUCCAAAUCAAGGAAUUACAACUCCAGCAAGCAGCGGUUUUGGGGCCGAGGUCUAAUGGUGAUGGUACACUCACUGUCCCCUUUUCGGCUCCUCGCACACCCACCUCUCCCACCCAACCCCCUCGUUUCCCCCUUCCGCCUAUUCCUCCCAUGACGCCGCUGACGGCGAAUCAGAUAACGAAUGCCGAGCCACUACACGCUGACUAUCAGCCUCUCCAACUCCGAUGACAAACCCACACCCAAACCCGACUUCAAAAGGGACAUCCGAGGAUAGUGGUGUGCAGUCAGACAAUGUCCGAGGCGCUCCCCCUUCCCCUUUGGGGUCGAGUCCCUUUUGUCGCCUGCCAAAACAAACCUAUCGUUCACGUAUUGACAUUUCUCAAGAACCCGAACUACCCGCGUCAUACAAACAACGCAUGAUGAACAUCCAAAGAGACAGCGCAACAACAACAACUGCCACUUCAAAGGACGGGGAACGACAGCCUGUUCGUUAUUCUGCCAACACUCUAUCUUCAAGUCGUGACCGCGACACCAAUGCCGAUAGCAAUGAGCAGCACGAUGCCUCUGACUCGAAGAAGGAACGUUCGCCAUACGACUAUCCCCCGAUGACGCCUGCUACCAUCCCCGAUUCACAUCGUAGAGAUUACGACGAAGAUGUACCUGAAAUGCCACCUCUCCCUGCAUCCGUAGUUGGGUCAUCCUAUCUCCGACGUGUUCCUUCCCUCCCUCUCCUCAACCGCACAGGUACUCACUCGCGUCGACUCGAACACGCCCAAACCGCCCGCGUUCCGACCAGUGAGUUCGCCUCUGAAUCCGAAUUACCUCCAAGUUAUCUCCAGCGGUUCAAUGAACUUAACAAGCAUGAUUCUCGGCACCCUACUCGCCUCCUCCAAGCCGAUCCCACCACAUAAAUGGCCGCAUUCCGGACUCCGACGACCAUGCAUUUAGUGACAGUGAAAUUCCUCGGCAUCGUGCAGCGGUAGUGGGUUUUCCAGGCUCCUUCGACACGGUCAUUGACAUCACACGCGAUGAUACGCUGCAUUCCCACAUUCACAGGGCAGAUCUGUCAGCAUGGUCUGAGUGGCCAAACCCCAAUGCGAAUGCUUUGGAGACCGGUGAGAUUUCGAAUCUGCCAAGUUGGAAAGACGUGCAAGAAGGGUCACCGACUAGUUACCCU